AUGCUGCGUCCAACAUGCGCGCUGGCGGCGGCGGAGUUCAAGCAGAAGUCGCGCUGGUCCAGCGUGUGGCCGAACAUGCGCUAUGGCGCCAUGUACCUCAACUACAGCGUUGGCCGUCAGCUGCCGAUGAAGGGUGUGAACUGGGUAACGCGAGAUUCUAACCGGCUCACGAACUUUGCUGCUCGCUACGGCAGCGUGAUUGAAGACAUCGAUGUGAAGCGCAACGAGGAGGAGCUGAACAUCCAGAUGAGCGACGUGCGAUGGAACGACCACCGCCGCAUCUACUGGCGAUGCUCUUUUUGUGGCUCGUCCUACCGCAAGAAUGUCUCGGUGCGCAUCAAGUACCACGCUGGGUGCAACUUCUGCAAGGGCCGCUACGCAUCCGAGGUUCUGAGAGAGCAGACUCCGGUGGUGGGGCUGAGGGAAGCGCAGCCGGAGCUGUUCAAGAGCCUGGCUGAGAAUGAGAAGAACGACAACAUAGGCUCGCUGAGCGUGACGAGCAAGUUCCGCGCUGAGUGGAGGUGCCAGUCGUGUGGGCAGCCGUAUCGCGCGACCAUUCGCAGCCGCACCGGGCUCACAGAGCCAGGGCAAGCACCGCUGCACCCACGCAUCACGGAGUGGUCAGCACACUGUCCCGCGUGCGCGUGGCGGGCAAACAUGACUGCCAUAGGCCAGAAAGCGCAGGAGGAGGGCCAGUACCUGGGUCUCGAGGCCUCCUUGGCGGAGGUGACGAGCACGACAGCAGGCAAGCGGGUCCCGCGUCGCAGGAAGCUGGUGGCGUGA